AUGGCCAACAAAAUCAAAGUCGCCAUAGCCGGAGCUACUGGGAACACAGGCUCUUCCAUUGUGAAUGCGCUGUUGAAGAGUCCCGAGCUCUUCGAAGUUACAGCUCUAUCGAGACCCAAGUCGGUAAAGAAGGCUGAGCUCGUUGACUUCGCAAAGCGAGGCGUCGAUGUGAAGGCAAUUGAGCUAGAUGGGCCAAUCGAGGCAAUUUCCGGAGUCCUCACUAAUAUUGACGUUGUCAUCUCGUGCUUGACCUUGUUUACAUAUCAGGAGGAGAUGAAUCUUAUUGAAGCAUCGAACAAGGCCAACGUCGGUCGAUACAUUCCAAGCUUUUGGGGCCCGGCCUGCGCACCUCGAGGUGUCAUGAUGCUGAGGGAUAAGAAACAGGAGUUCGUUGACCGUAUAUGGGACCUCCAUCUGCCUUACACCAUUAUCGACGUCGGAUGGUGGUAUCAGCUGACCUUGCCUGCUGUACCUUCAGGCAGAUUUCGCCCAAUGGUAGAAGAAUAUUGCACCACGCGUGUGAUUGGGGACGGCAACACCCGUUGGGCACUUACCAACAAUCGUGACAUUGGCAAUUUUGUCAGCCGAAUCAUCGCCGACCAGAGGACCUUGAACAAGAUGGUCUUUGCGUAUGGGGAGGUCUUGACACAGAAUGAGGCCUUCGAAAUUCUCGAGAAGGUGUCCGGAGAAACUGUGACCCGAGAUUUCAUAACCAAAGAAGAGGUGCAAGGCAUUAUCUCUCAGGGUCGCACAGGCAAGGAAAUUACAAUCAACCCUACGGUUGGUAUGGCAGAGUACCGGAAUCUGCUUGGUAUCCGCGGCGAGAAUACUCCUGAGUAUGCACGCUAUCUUGGAUAUCUCGAUGCGAGGGAAUUGUAUCCGGAUGUGGAGCUUACAAGCUUUGAAAACUAUGUCAUAGGUACCUUGCAAAGUGUCUGA